AUGAAAUAUUAUAAUCUUUCAUUUUUCCUAUCCAUACUAAUAGCAACCAACCUUGGAUUCAUCACAUAUGAUACAGGAUUCGCAUCUUAAUUCCAUUAUGAAGAUGGAUUUCUCGGAUAUCCUAACACAAACUAUUUGAAAGAGUUUUCGUUUUCUGGGACAUUUGAAAGACCUCCUUAGGUUGCAUUUGUAAUAUACAAAUAUAAUUAUGAUUAUUACUAACCCAAUGGUUAUGAUAUAGAAGUAACCGAAAUAACAACAACUAAGUUUAAAGUCUUACUCAGAUGUUUAUAUCAGCACAGAGUUUGGGAUACUCCCUUCAAUUGGUAUGCCUAUGACGAUAGAAGAAUCCAAGUCAUAAGUGUAGUCAAUUAUGAUAUUUCCUAAUCAAGUGCUAGUUUUUCUACCUAAAUAACUCACCCUCAUUUUAAUCCUAAUUUCUCAAAGGGAAUCAUACAUGUGACAUCAUUAUGUUACACUGGUCCCAUAGAAUUUGAACUAUCUAUUGUUAAUAUCAAUUUUUAAGAUGUAGUAAUUUAAAUCAAAUCAAACAACUUUAAUUUAAUAAAACUUGGCUAUUAGAUAUUUCUAUCUAUUGAUGAUGCCAUUGACGUAGAGAAUCAAAUAGUCUAUAAUGGUGAUUUGUAUACUAGUCCAACAUUAACUUUUCCAAGCGAUAAAGAUUGGGCUAUUGGAUUAUAAGGAUUGAUUUGGGGUUAAACUAUAAAUCUUAGAGUUAAGAGGAUUUAAUUUUCAAAUUAUUACACUUAUGGCAAAUGGGUAGGAGGUGACAAUAAUGUUUCAAAACUAAGAUUUACAAGUAUUUAUUUCCAUAGAAGUAUCACAUAAACUUUUUUACCUUGGAUUAUUAGAACAGUCAGAGUCAGUCAAACUGAGUAUUAUGCCUUAUAGCCAGCACCUAUUUUUACUGUAGUCAUAACUGAACUUAAUAAGGUUUACGCAACUCCAGUUACUGAAACACUUUAUGUGUAGUAAUAAACUUAACUUCAUGUUCAGAUUCGAUUUUAAUGUGAUUAACUAAAGAAAAAACUUUACACUGAAUUCUUUAUGUGCAGCUCCUGUAAUAUAAAGAAGCUAUAUUACUAUUGUUUAAGAAGUGUAAAUGCUAUUUCAAUUUAUGCUUUAUUAAACUCUCAAAUGACUGCGGUUAAUGUAUUUACUAUUUCAGUUUCUAAUAAUGGUAUCACAAUAAUUCAAACAAUUUAAAAUCAGUUAGAGCAAAUCUAAUAAAUAUUAAAAGUAGAAGUUUAGAAUAAUUGA